AUGGUAAGGCCCUUCUUACUGACCAUUCGAAGGGUUGGGUGUGCAGAAAAAGGGAAGCCUAAAGCCCUUCGCAACAAAGAGCAGGAAUCUGAUGAUCUUUGCUUGUGCAGUGCCGAGGCGAGUCCUGCCAUCGAAUCCCGUAUCGUCUUGACGGCAAAAAACCAGAACGGCAAUCGCUUUGCAAGUCUCCCACUGAACCUGGGGGAUUCUAUACAGUGGAAAGACAGCUUUACUCCAACAGGAACCAGAACAACCGAGGAGGUAACCAUUAUCACCUCUGACUCGUUGUUGACCACUACCACGUCUGACUUGUCGUCGGCGACUUCUUCCAACACCGAUACCGAUUUGGCCUUUGCCUCAUCUGCAACGACAACCAAUGAAUUCCAGGCCGUCCCUUCAGCCACUGAAACACCUGUUGUCGCCGCGCCCUUCGGGGGUCUUGGAACGGCAGAGAAGGUCAGCAUUGCUUUCGGAGCGGUUGCGGGCUUAAUGCUCAUUUUGGGUGCCUUGUUUGCCGUUCGUACUCUCCGCCAUCGAAGGCACGUUAAUGAUUCGGUUGCUGGAGCGGAUCACGGGGAGCAUGCUAAUUGGGAGAAGGGUGAGGUAGCGGCCGAGUUGACUACAGAAAAGUCACCAGUGGUCGGCGAGCUAUCUACGGACAGUAAGGCGCGCCCUGAGACUCUGAGAUCAGAGCUCGCAGCCAGCUCGCCCACGUCUCCACACUCUUCACGUCUAUCUGAAUUGUCAGGCCAUGGCAUGGGGAGACCUGCCAUGCAUCACCAGCCCUAUACAGCAGGCAUGUCACCGCCAUAUGCUUACCCCCCAGUAUUCUCUUCGCAGGGCUAUCCAGCCCAAGGCAACUACGCCACAAGCUUUCCCCAGCAUGGCCACUCUGCCCACUACACCCACCAAGGUUAUCCGGCAUUCGUCAGCACAGAGUUGGAGCCACACUCAGCUCACUUCGGUCAUGAUACGGGUCAAGAGGACAACAUGGGUAGCCAAGCACCGCAGCACAGUGCUAUGGAGUUGCCGAGCUAG